CCGCGCCGGUCAAUACGGCGCGCGCGGGCCGUGCGCCCCGCGCGUCAUCCCCUCAUUUCCACCCAUCAGUCAGAUUAUCUACCCCGUCUAGAACACCCUUGCUAAAAGAUAUAUUAAAAUACUGCACAUUAAAUUACCUAAAAAGCGUUGAUAUAUCUAAAAACGCGGCAAAACUUCUAUUUUGCAAAUUAUUUUCCGUUGUGAAUAAUUACGUUUGAAAAUGAAUGAAAUUGAUUUAAUUAAAGAGGUAGAGAAACGUCCGAUUUUGUACGACAAAUCAGUGAGUGGUUUUAAUAAAACAAAGUUGAGGGAUGACGCCUGGAAGGAGGUUCAGGAAGCGUUGAACGUGUCAGAAGCCGAAUGUAAAAAGCGAUGGCGUUCAUUGCGGGAUUCCUUCAUAAAACUGCAGCGGACUCACGGUGGCCGCACGCGUUGGCCAUACCACAAUGCCAUGAGGUUCCUAUUACCGCAUGUAGAACCGAAAUCGGAAUCUUCAACAAAACGAGAAACCUCUGACUCGGAACCAGAAGAAGAAGUCCGUCACCGUCCAGGUCAAUCUCUUCCUGAUCUCUUUUUAGAACCGCGACUAGAGGAUGAAGACGACUUUCAGCCGAAGAAACCUCGACUGAACUCCUCUGAUGAUGAGCUUCAGAGAACAGACCCGGAUGAGCUAUUCCUAUUAAGUUGCGCGUCGACCCUCAAAAGACUUAAUGCCAAGCAAAAUGCUGUAGCUAGACUUAAAAUACAACAGGUACUAUAUGAAGCUGAAUUCGGCACUCAAAUGGAGCUUCCAUACGUUACUCCGGCCAGCGAUUGUGAUUAUGAAAACGUCGACGGUUCAGUUGAAUAAAAUUUACACCAUUUUAACCUUAAAUUACUUUAAGAUAUCAUUUUUGUCGGAUCGAAUUCGAUUCCGUUAAUCUAGUCUCGUGUUCUGUGAUGUUUCACUACGAUUGAUGUAAAAUGAUGGAUUUUAAUAAUAGGUUUACAAAAUAUGUUUGUUUUAACCACUCUCCAAUUUAUGUAAAGCAUAUCGAGUAUGGCCUUUGCGGUUUACUGUAAGUUAAGAAAAUAAAAUAAUACAAAAGAAGUCCAUUUGUGUGUCUGGGCCUCAGAUUUCUGUUUCAUGAUCAUUUAUAAAUCUAUGGUGACCUUCCUGGGCUCGAUACACGCCGUCGACUUUUAGAUCUAAGGCAUGCCUAUUUCCUCACGAUGUUUUCCUUCACCGUUCGAGCGACUAAAUGCGCACAUAGACCGAAAGUCCAUUGGUGCCGGUGAUCGAACCUACGACCUCAAGGAGGCCACCAAGCCAACACUGCUCUCAAUUCAAUAAAAUUAACAUAAUUUUGGUAUUUUUUGCGUAAAUUGGUUUGCACCAACGUUUCUUUUUAUAUCGCAUAAAAUGUUCUUCCAUUCAGAGCCAAAUUUUAGCGCGAACACAUCUGUCAAGCCGAUGACAGAUCUGUUUUCGUCGAUCUGCAUCUGUAUCUAGCUAUUAUCUGUAGAUAGGUCUAAUCAAAGACAAUUUACUUUAAUUGUCUGUUAUAAUAAAUGAUAAACUGAGUUUUCUAAAAAUAAGAAACGAGUUGUUAAAACGCAAACAUUUUGCAUACGGUAUUUGAGUGACUGUAAUUAAUUAUUCGAUUAUAACCAUACAACCUGUUUUCAAUAAUUUAAUAUGUAUAAAAAAUUAAGUGUUCCUUUGAACUUUGAAACUAAAAUUAAGCGUGAACGACAAACUGUUUAUUUUAGCAUUAAAUAUACAAUUGUAUUUUAAUUAUUAUAAUAAUAAUACCAAGUCAUCGCCCUUAAAUUAAUUAAAUCGACAUUUAUAAU